AUGGAAGAGGCGAGCUCCUCCGCGAUGGGGAGCAGUGGCGGGGCGGGACCGGCCGGUCUCGACCUGCCGACCACAUCAGAAGCCGCAUUCCUGGCCCAGGCGAACAACCUCGAGCCCGAACGUCUUGCUGUUCUUCAAACCCAGCUGCAGGUGCGUCUUUCUCAAGUAUGUCCUCGUUUUUUUUUCUGAUCUUAUGGAAACUUUUUUGAAAUUUUUUGGUGGGCAGAAUGGUAUACGUGGGAACACAGGUCGAUAACUUGCAUUCCCAUUCAAUCUGGCUCAAUUUGAAGAGUAGAACACAACUGAACUUUUAUCCAAAAUGCAGAGAGCUCUGUGUUCAAUUUCUAAAGAUAAAUGGAAAAGCCGCUAGUCGUGGGGAACUUUCGAUGCUAGGAUAUUCCAAAAAUAAGAAAAAUCUCAUAUCUCAUUGAAAAUAAAGGUUUCAUAAACCAUCACCGAAAAACAAAAAAAGGUUCUUUGGUUCUGAUCUCUUUUUCGUGACCAUUUGCGGAAUUCCUGCGUUUAUGUGUUGUCUACCCAAAUUACUCAGUCGGUACGUAAUAAAAUGAAUGAGUCUGAGUCUAGACCAUGUUUCUAGAACUCUGACAAGUUCUGAGAACAUUUCCCCGCCACGAUUUGAUCGGCUCACAACCAGUUGUUCAGGUUUAGAGAGUCUGUUGUCAAUCGAGUUGACCAAAAAUAGAAUUUUAAUUUCAAUUACUCACUCACAAACUCAAGUCAGUUCAAGUUCAUCUCACAUCAGUCAAUUUGAUCUACUCUUGCUAUUUUCGCCUAAUUUUUUGCCGCCCUUUUCUUUUCACGCCUUCUCGACGUGACACAAACCACUUUUUUCCUGCGGAAAAAGAUAAUUAAUUGACGAUCGGAACUCGUUAAAGGACCAGGGAACCCAAAAUUUUUUUGAUUUUUUUGUGAAAUGUUUUUGUGACUGUUUGAAUUGUCUCUUAUUGCCUCAUACACUGGUGAAAUGCUGCCUCUCAAAAAUGCCAAUGAACGAAACGGCGUGCAGUUGAAGUUGUGGCCGUGGCCUAGCGCCAAUGGCCGAAAAAUAUAUAAAAAAAUAUGCGCUUCUCGGCCAUUUUAUUUUUUUCCGCUUUUUUUACCGGUUUUUUUACAAAAAAAUUCACGGUUUCUCAUAUUUUUUUCAGUUGAUUGACAUUUGUUCGGCACUUACUUAUUUUUUCACUGCUAAAAAAUUGUUUUCAUUCAGUCGAUAUGAAGUGCCAAAAUGGGAGAAACCGUGAAUUUUUGGAAAAAACCGGUAAAAAAGCGGAAAAAAUAAAAUGGCCGAGAAGCGCAUAUAUUUUUUUAUAUUUUUCGGCCAUUGGCGCUAGGCCACGGCCACAACUUCAACUGCAUGCCGUUUCGUUCAUUGGCAUUUUUGAGAGGCAGCAUUUCACCAGUGUAUGAGGCAAUAAGAGACAAUUCAAACAGUCACAAAAACAUUUCACAAAAACAUCAAAAAAUUUUUGGGUUCCCUGGUCCUUUAAAUAGCAGCGGGAGAUUGAGAAAGUUGCAUUCGCCCAUAUACAUACUCUCUUCUAUUGUAAUCCUAGGUAGGUAAGUCUCACUGCUCCUCGAAAUAGUGAAACACGUCGGAGGGGCCAACAUCACUAUUUUGCCAGCCAUAGACGAUGCGCGAGAAGGGGGGUUAUUUCCGGAUGUGUCGAAAAUAGAAGCCUGAAGAACCUGACGAUGUUGUUUGUCGGUGUCUGUGUAAGAGAUGAAAAGACGCGGAGGAAGGAAACGGCUCGAAAAUAGUUACAUUUCGUUUUCUUUUACUUUCCGCCUUCCAUCUUCCCUUUUCCAUUUCUAUAUUGUCUUUUUUCUCAUCAUUAUAAAACCAAUAAGUAGUGAAGUCGUCGCCAUCAUCACCGGCGUCGUUUAAGACGAAACAAUGAGAAUAGAAUGGGAAGCAAUCUGAAAAAUGUAAUGAAAUUGGUUUCCUUUCUUGCCCCUUCCCCGCUCAUUUUUAAUCUUUCGGGUUAACAAGAAUUUUGAAAGAUUUUUUGAUUUUUUGGUUCCUCAGGGGUUGCAAAGAGUUGACUUCCUUUUAAAAUAACCUUUUGUCCUAUUAUAUGUCGCACCUGAAAACCUAGUAUGGUGCUUCAUAGUCUUUGGCUCGAGACUUGAGCUCUUGGUCAGAAACGUUUUUCGAAAAUCACCGGAAACCCCUAAAAAUUCCGUCACUCUUUUGACUGACUGGUUUCAAAAAUUCCAAAGAAGGCGUCAAGGGGGUGUCUGCGUCAGCGCGCAUUUCGGAGAUCAUGUUUUCGGCGGUCGUGAACCGAAUUUGCCUCGGAUUUCUCAAGAAAAUCUUCUUUCGCUGUGAUUUACUAGUCAUCAACCAUCUUGCUCGAACAAGUACUCUUUGUCGAUCCGCUAGGGUUUUCUUUUUUCGGCGGCCCUCAUGUGUCUCCACUUAUCCACACUAUUUUUGCUUGCUAGUCAUUUGGAAAGCUGAAAAUAGAAAGUAGGAGAUGUGAGUAGCAUGAAGAGAGAGAGAGAGAGAAGGAGAAGGGAUGAAUGGCUUUCGGGGGUCCGCCGCAAGCCUCGUCUUGCUCUGUGCUUCUUUUCAAGUUGUGACUGACCAUUUAGCAACAUAUAAGCGGCCACCCUCAUACCUAAUGACCCACGUUGCUUUGCUUCUCUCUUUUCUUCUUUAUCCACUCGGCUUCUCAACAUGCUCAGCGUUUUCAUUUUAAUUUCAUAGCACCUCGUUGUUUGCGAUCCCGAUACGUGUGUUCCAAAGUUACUCGAACGGUUUGAAUCUAAAAAUAAGUUGACAAAUCAAACAACGUCCGAGAACAUCCACGUCUAGACAGUCUUCCCGCUCAACUCUAGGAAAAUCGGACUCAUUCAGAUUGUGUGAGCCGCCACGCGCGCAAAACACAAAGAUGGACAUUCCCCUGUUGGUCUCGUAUCGACGUGGUGUCGUCGUCCGCGUGUUUUGCCAUUCAUCUAUUCAUAGACACACAUAUGUACAUGUACGCAACUCUUUCUCUUUCUCUUAUCAACCCCCCACUCCCACUAACCUCUCAUGAUAAAAAGAUAGAGAGAAAGAGAAAGAGCGAAAGAUGAUAGACGGUGAGGGAAACCCUCUGGGAGCACACUGUUUUCAGUUAGUUUCAAAGUGCGCAGCGCAACGCAGCUCAAAACAAAAAGUCAUCGCCGACCGUCUGGCGCUCCAAUGUUUUCCUUUGCCUUACCCAUUCUCAAAAUUUGCUUUUGAUGUUCCCUUCUCUCCUUUAGUUUUUCUACACAUCGCCGACCGCACAGACUCUUUCUUUCUUUCUCACCUAAAAAUAGUGUGCCCCGCGGUUUUUCCCGUCCGAUUUUGUUUGCUUCCCGUCUCUCUCUCUCUCUCUCUCUCUCUCUUCCUUCCUCUUUCGCUCUUUGCCUCACUCGGUUCCAUCAUUUUUUUCCUCAUAUUAUGACGAGAUCCGAUGCCCGGGGGUAUUGAUUUUUCGGACAGUCCACACAAUCGACCAUCAUCACUAAAUAUUUUUCCGCGCGUUUUGUGUGUGUGUGUGUGUGUGUAUGAUGUGUGCUUGCGUGGCUGUGUACAUACAGUGCAGGAAAAUAACAGGAAAUGCUCCAUGCGGAAAGCAAAAUGCGCACCCCCCUCCUUCCAACCGCAUGGUCAUCGCCUCGCAAAACAACUUUUUUGCGGAUUUUUUCCGGUCGCUCUCGAAAUCUGCAGUUUUCGCCGAGUUCUAAGUUAUUUAUACCCCCUACCAAACCACCACCACGUAUCAGUGGUAAUCUUCUUACAAAACCAGAUCCGAUUGCAGAGAUUUCAUGCUUUUUCUCAAUUCUCGCUUCCCAAUUCUCAAUUCCCCCCCUCCCCUCUUCCCCCUUUAUUCCCCACAAUCCUAAAAUAGCAACUCGUUGGUCGCUUGCACACACACACAAACAUACAUGGUCCAGACGUGUAACAAUUUCCCUCGUUUUUAUUAGAUGCAGAUGAAUGAUUCAUAGAACGUUGGUCUGUUUUUCAACCAAUCUAUAGCAGAUUUAGCAGACAAAGUGCAGUUUAUGUCCUUUUUUUCUGAAACAAAACGCGUCAAAGGCUAGCGGUUUUGCGCACCUGCCACAAAUCUUCAAAACACAUGUUUUGGUUGGUGUGAGAAAAAGAAAGCCAAACGAAAAAGCCCUUCCGUCGAAUCACCUGACUACCUGUUUUGAUUAUUGAGCUUCUUCUCUUCUAGGUAAUGAAGCAUACAAUUCUUGUGAUGCGCGCUCGUGUUUAGUAUUAAAAGUGCACACUAUUACUAUUACUAGUGCUGCUAUUCUCAGAAUGAGCUGAGAAAAAAAAAACUUCCUUCUCUCUCUCUCUCUCUCUCUCUCUCUCUCUUCCUCUUCUUCUUUUUCUUUUUAGUUUUAGUUUUUGUUUUGAUCAAGCCAAGCUUCUUGUCUAUUUUCAGACUUUUGUUGAGGCAAAUCUCCCAGGACAACGGGGCACAGACGGGUAGGGACGGGUGAAUGUGGCAACAACGGCCGUGCACUAUGACUAAUGAAUGUGUGCGUCUAAAAAAAGGUUUUUCUUGCUCACUCAUUCACUCUGCACAGAAAAGCAAUGUAAUCUCCUCGUGCUUCAUCUCUCUCUCUCUCUUUCUCUCAAUGAAUUAGGUAUUCUCUCUCUCUGUUUCCGCUUCCUGUUAGCGUGUUCCUCCAGCGCGUUCUUGGUGGGCAAAUGCUAAGAAGCAAAACACAACUCCCUUACGAUCAGUUUUACCCACUUGUUUUUCAGUCUAUUUUCGUCUCCUGUCUGAAUUUCAGAUCGCUUACACCCCAAGGCUUCCGCUUCCUUCUCGGGGGGUCACAGGCUGAUAUUUUAUUGCUUUUCCCAGAGCUACAGUCUAGGCGAAUCGACAAUAAAACGUCAGCGUCAUAUUUCUGCUGUGCUAUAAGUGUAACCCUUUUAAGAUUAUUAGAAUCAAAGAAAAAGUGCAAGAGAUUACAUAUCCGUACAUUUGAUACAAAUGAGUUGUGGCGCUGAUGAGGGAUGAGGAUCAGAGAUUGGAGAGAUUAGCACUUUCGUUUUCUUUGUUAUUUCGGUUGUGUCAGGUGACUCAAUGACGGACCCUCGUUUUGAUUUUGAGCAUUUUAUCCAUAGGUACCCGGAAAAGUUCAAAAUACUUUCUUUCUUCUUCCUCUUCCAGUCCCUCUGGGUCCAAUAGAUAACUCACGAGUACCCCAUCUAUUUUAGGAGCGGAUUCCCCUUUUUAAUGUAUUUUGGUUGGAAGUCUGAUCCCAAUUCAAUGUUUUUUGCAAAAAAGAAUGUGUGUGUGUGUGUCUUUUUUUCGGUCUCAGAACCGCAAUCGUAGUAAACAGAUUUCAAGUGAGAGCAAGAGUUUGGCAGAUUGACAGAGACAAAUGCCCGCAGGAUUGUUGCUGAUUAAAAGUAUAGCGAUGAAAAUGAGUCAAUUUCCAGAAAUAGAACACGCAUAGUCAUUCGUACGCACCGCACCGCACCGCACCCAUUCGCUCGUUUCGCUAAUGAGACUCCUCACCCCAACCCACUUAUUUGUAGUAUUGUUUUGUUCCUUCUUCUGCCAUCCCAUUCUUAACGUCGGAGGUCAGACUCAUACCAAUAUCCAGAUCAUUCAACAGUUCAAGUAUCUCCUCCUGCCAAGCACCGAAGCGCAAAAAAGAAAGAAGAAAAAGACGAGCGUCUGGUCUUUUUCUCUUGUCGACAACUCACAAAGUCACAAAGCUUCCUCUUUGUUCUGUCUCCUCGUGCUUCUGACAAAAACAUAAUUAGAUCUUAUUUUUGGGAAGGGGCUCAGACAUGGUCGGAGUAGUCGGCCAGAAAUAGCGACGGCGUUAGUCACCCACUGAUAGCAUAGCAUAACAUAACAGCAAGCGGAGAUACCAAAAAUUGUGAAAAAAAUGCUUCAUUUGCUGAGGAUUAAGAUAUUUGAGAUUCGACUGCCCCUCUCCAUCUUUGAAAAGCUUAUCCGACUCCUUCUUUCGCGCCCGUCCUCGUCCUCGUCCUCGUCGAAUACUUGCUUUAUUUACUAUUCUUCUCGGCAAGGAAGAAGUCCAUGAGCCAUUUUUAGAAUCCAAAGUAGCAAGACCCCCCUCCUCUUCGCUCCUUCCCUUUUUCCCCCACCCCUCGGCCCUCCCUCAAUUUUUUGUUGCUUUUUGCAUCGUUUUUCAUCUCUGUUUUCUCUAGGUACAUCUCAUUGGCGUCACGCUUUUCCCUCUCCUUUUUAGGGGCGGGCAGGGAAAAAGAAAAAGGACAACACCAUUUUUAUCCGUCGUCCUUCUGGAAAAAAGCUUUGCCCUCCUUCCUCAUCUCUUCUCGUCAACUCUCCUCCCCCCUCCCCCCAUAUUAUAUUCGCGAAAAUCGAGAGCUUCUCUCUCUCUCCGUCCCGGGGGCCGUGGUCUGUCUGUGACACUUGAUUUUGCUCAUAUUUCAGGAGUAUCGGCAAAAGCAAAUGGACCUUCUUGGUCACUUUCACCGAGCUCAGCAGGAGCUGAGCGUUCAACACAUGCAGAAUCUGUACUCGGCCCUUCAGCAGCAACAACAGGCACAACAACAGGCACAAUUGCUGAGUCAGCACUCAACAGAGGAUCAGAGUAGUGGACCAGGUAUAGAGCGGGAGGUCUAGACUGGUGUACUUAUCAGAAAAGGAAAGUACAACUCGAGUUCAUUCAGUGAAAACGCGAUGAUUAACUUGAUUAGAGAGCGGAGAGGCUUAUCAAUUCUUAGUAACAUGUGGGAACAGGAAAGAAUUAAAAGUUGUAUAGUGAAACGUUUCUAAUCUGAUUUGAUCUCUUCAAUUCCUAAAUGCACUUUUAUUUUCAGCGGCGCCAUUGUCGCUCGCCAGUUCGCUCACAAAUCUCCUCUCAUCAUCAAGUGGAAAUGUGUCGGUGCCACCGACGCCGACAAAAGAGCAUCAUCCGCCGCCGGCGGCGCCGUCGUCUAAUCGAAAAUGGUGAGUUUCCUUCCUUCCUUCUUGCCCACUCUGCCGACUACCGCUGAUUUCCUGCGGAAACAACCGCCUCAUUGAUUUUCAGUGACAUUCCGCGCUCCAACUCGACCACAAUCUCUCAACUCACCAAAGAUCGCCUCAAAAGCAUGAUCGCUAAUAGGAGUAAGGGGGAGAGUGGCAGUCAGUCGAACCUGGCCACGAACAAUGGGUCGACUGGAAACGGGCAUGGGCAUCAUGAGAACGGAAGAAAGUUGAAGAACGCGAACUCGCAAGUCAACGUCUCUUCUCCGCACUUUGAGCCGUACAGACUGCCCUCAAAUCUGGCGAACGCGCACAAUCUGCAACAAGCCAGCGAGUUCCAGCUGAGGAAAGUCAACUCCGAGCCGAACUUGAAGAUGAAGAUACGUGCGAAGCUUUUGUCGAAGGGAUCUAGUCCGGUUCAACAUCAUCAGCCGAACAACUCGCAGUUCAACUUCACUCAUCCGCAACUGAAAAGAUCCGACAGCGAAACUUCACAAAAUGUGCCACUCGACUAUAUGCAAUCUAGCUCUCAAACCAACCUACCACACCUCAUGCUGCCAUCCCCUUCUCUUCCAAACCUCGCUGCCGCUGGAGCGUUUACCGGGCUCAAUUUGCCAGUUGGUAUGUGAUUAUGGAAAAGGGACACGCGCAAAAGAACACGUUAAGGUCAAGAUCUCAAUGCAUUCAUGGCCGUCGCCAAUCUCACACCAUUCCUCAGCCUUCCUAGCUUGUUGAACAAGAAACUUGAGUUGGGUGGUUUGACCGACGAAGGAGGUGAGUCUUUUUGAUGUUGUGAAUUCUACUUAACCAUGAUUUUCAGACCGCAAUGGCCUCUUGAGUUCGGCCUCCAACGCCUCGUUGACUUCGUCAAUGAACAUGGGCUAUCAGUCACUUCUAAAGCAACAAAUCCGUGACUUGGUGCUCCGUCGCAAGAGUCUGGUGCGAGAAGAUCCAGAGGGUGAAGGUCUCGCCGAGCUCUACAAUGGCCUUUUGCCACAAGCCAAGCUCCAGCAGCUCCAAGCACUCGCUACGGAAGCUGGAAUGGGCACACGGCCUGAAGUUUUGUGCACGACUGGAUUAGGCUACGAUCAGGCGAUGGCCAAGCACGAGUGUUGCUGUGGAAACAACAGUUCUCACGUGGAAAAUGGCGCACGUAUUCAGAGCAUUUGGUCGAAACUGAUAGAGCACGGACAUGUCCAAAAGUAAGUUCAUACUAUUUUUUCUCAUAAUUUAAUUUUUGUACCUAUUUCAGGUGUGAAAAAGUAGUUGCCAAGAAGGCUUCUCUGGAGCAACUCCAACUCGUGCAUUCGCAAACCUACACCACAUUCUUUGCGGUUUCCCCGACAGCGUGUCUUAAGAUCGAUGCGAACUCUCUUCCGCUCAAGCGCUUUCUUCAACUGCCAUGCGGCGGAAUUGGAGUCGACUCGGACACCUAUUUCAAUGACAACAGCACACAGACAGCCGCCCGGUUGGCCGCCGGAACAUUGAUCGAACUCUCGACCCAGGUGAGUUGAAUCCGAGAAACGGAUAAUAAUUAUAGUCAUGAACUUCAGGUGGCCGAGGGACGUCUUCGCAAUGGAUUCGCGUGCAUUCGUCCUCCAGGUCAUCACGCGGAACACGAGCAAGCGAUGGGAUUCUGCUUCUUCAACAACGUGGCGGUUGCUGCCAAGGCGUUGCAGUUGAAGUACCCGAGCCAGUGUGCUAGAAUUGCUAUUGUUGACUGGGUAAGUUAUCAGAGCCAGCUUUCCAAAUUGUGCCAAUUUUUAGGAUGUUCAUCAUGGAAACGGGACACAGCUGAGUUUUGACGACGAUCCGAAUGUUCUGUACCUUUCGCUCCAUCGUCACGACAACGGAAACUUCUUCCCUGGCACCGGAUCAGUUACGGAAGUAGGAAAAAACGCCGGAAAAGGAUUCACUGUCAACGUGCCGUUCUCUGGGGACGUCAUGAGAGACGCCGACUACCUGGCAGCAUGGAGGACUGUUGUGGAGCCGGUGCUCGGAAGUUACCGACCAGACUUCAUCCUGGUAUCCGCCGGUUUCGAUGCAACUCACGGCCACCCGAACGCAUUGGGAGGCUAUGAAAUCUCGCCGGAAAUGUUUGGCUACAUGACAAAGUCCCUUUUGAGUUACGCCAAUGGAAAAGUGGUUUUGGCGUUGGAGGGCGGCUACGAUCUCACGAGCAUUUCUCAAGCUGCCGAGCAGUGUGUUCAGGUAUAAAGGUUGUGCUCUUUUUCAUUUUUAAAUUGAGUUUAGGCACUAAUUGGCGAGUCGGAUGACGCUGGACGUUUGAGCUCAUUAGCGUUAGAGUCGCUUCCCAAUCAAGCGUGUGUCGAGACACUACAAAAGGUACACACUUUUUUGACAAACUUGUCUAUUUUUCUUCUAAACUUGUGUUUUUUUUUUUCGUCAUUUUGCGUUUGAAAAAUACGUUACGAGACCAGGCCGGUAAAUUUUCGUUUUACCGCUCUUUCAAAUUCAUUCAUUUUGUUUUCAGGUGAUCGCGAUUCACAAAGGUUACUGGCCGGCUCUUCAUGGCCAGCACGCUGCAAUUGGCACGACGGAAAUGCAGUGGAGGAACUUGAAAUUGCAAGUUCAAAACAUGCAACAACAACAACAACAAGCUCAGCAACAAUAA